AUGGCCCAAAGUAAUGAUCUACUUUCUACUGAGCUGAAUAAGUGGACAAAAAGCAUGCUCGUUGACUUCAUUAUUACUCAAUCACUACCUACUGGGGUGAAAUUGAGUGAGGAAUUGUCAACAUUCUUAAAAGGAUCUUCUUCUAACCCUACAUCGCUAUCUUCUGAGAACUCAUUAAAUGUGGCCACUAUUCUUCAAUCUGUUGUCGAUGAGCUCAAAUCUGUAGCACUUAGUAACUCUAAGUUACAUGAUAAGCUAAACCGUCUCAAUACGACUGCUAAGGUUUCCACUUCUCCUAAUUUAAAUACUGGUUCAAACAAUCUACCAACUACUUUACUCUCCAAGCUGAAUGCGGAUACUCAUUCUAGACAGCCUGCAAUCCAAUCGACUGCUAGUUUAUCCUCGUCCAUAAAAUCAGAAUUUAUCGUUGGCUCUCAUAAAAGUGUAUCCUCCAAGUUGUCUUCAGUGCCAGUGCGGAGGCAUAUUGAUAUCUUUGUCUCAAGACUUGAGCCAUGUGUAACGACCACUAUGCUUGAAUCUGAAUUGUUCAAUAGCUACUCAGAUGUGACCAUAAAUAAAUUAGUGACAAAACACCCAUCAUAUUCUUCAUUUCAUGUGCGCCUGCCUGCGGAGAAGCUUGAUGAAGUCCUCAAACCUACAUUCUGGCCUGAUGGCGUAAUGGUCAAACGAUUUUGGGGUCGUCUUACGCCCGAGAUGAUUCUAAGCGACACUCCAAAAAACUAA